AUGGUUUCCUUCACAAAACAAUUGUCCUUGCUCUUUUGGAAGGCCUAUGUGAUAAGAAAGAAGAAAAAGGUAGAUUAUAAUCCGUUUUCAGAACCACUUACACCUCAAAUAUGUAUAACUCCUGUGAUUGCAGCUGGUGCUGUUGGUGGAGGUCCUAGUACCAUUGAUCCUGUUUUUGUUGGUCGUUCUAAUUCGUACUCGGGAUUUCACUUCUUUAAAUCCAUACUGUAGGUGUUUGAUGUCAUCAAGUAUAAAAUGACAGGUCAUUAUGACGCGAAAGCGCUGCCCUCAGCCGGUCUUUUACCUUUCCUUCACGGGUUUCUGUGUUCCCUCUCAAAUAAAUGUCAUAACACAACUACUACGGGUGAUGAACAGUACAAUAUUCAUGAUGAUAAACGAGAAUCAAUGUAGGUUACCCAUCAUAAUGAACGGACCCCUGAUCUUAAGAAUUAUUGAGCUUGCACACAAUUUAACGGGAUUAUUAGCCUUCUUUGGGAAAGUUCCGAACACUGUCCGAGAGAUGUUCAAAUUGAUUGCUCUGCUUAUCCAUCACUGGGCUCAUCCGGACGAUGGAUUCACUGAGGCCAGGAUCCCUUUUUCUUUGUUAUUCAGAUCCCCUCAGGAUAUGAAUUCGAUUCUUGGAUCUCUUGGAUUCAAUGAUUCUGAAAUUCCAGCUUUUCAAAGUUUAUAUUUUUCAUCUUACGGGCCGAUCUGUUUAGCGUCAGAGGUAAAGUUCUAAAGUUGAAAAAACUCUUAUAGGCAGUGAAGAUCGGACGGAAUGAGGAUUACGGUGAUCAAAUUGAGAUGUUCUGUAAUUCAGGGAAGCUCGACCUUUGCUUCGAUUGGUCUCUAAUCGAAGGCCCGAGGGUUGAUUUAUGUAAAAUCACAAAGUCCCAAUUGGCUUUCAUAUAUCUAUUUAGUGGAGAUAGUUUCGACGUUGACGGUCUUCUCUUCAGGGUUUUGAAUGUAAGACGGCUUCUUUCAUCUAAGAUCUGUUGUAGUAUUUGACUUCUGACCAAGGUGAACUGCAAGGAUUGAAGGAGGAUCUGUCCACGAUUGCGAUUAUGAGCGAGAUCUCGAAGAUACGAGAAGGAUUUGGGGAAAAUUGGAUGGACAACGUGUUUUGCGGAUCGUUUAAUGGUAAUCGGAGAGAAAUGAAUUUACUUUUUCAGACUCUGUCAAGAUCGACAGCCCCGUAGGCCCUAAAAGUCAGAACAAUGAGGUCGCGGAAAUGACCAAGAGUCUCUCAGAAUUCGUUCAGAAGAUCAGUCCGGCCAGACAUAGGGGAAACACCAGUUUUUGUGAUGAAAUACGGGUGAAUGACAGUAAGGAGUACUGUAAACACGUAAUGAUUUACAUUCCAGAACCUCAUUGUAAUAACUUGUUCUUGAAUAUUGAUAUGUUAAAGCGGAUAAUACAGGGUUAUAUCCUUGUUUCUCCGGAUAUUCCCUUGACUCGGAGGAUUGUGGGCGAGUUGGAUGAGAUUUUAAAACAAUUUAAUUAUUGGAAAGAUGUUAUAAAUGAUCUGGGAACAACAGCAGACGACCUUCAAAAUGCCUUGCACCAUUCCGAUAUCACUCUGGCUGUAAAAGUAAGUUUGCUUUAGAAGCGAUCGAAAUAUUUUAGAACAUCUUACAAAUGAUAAAUGUAACCGAAACGGAGGCUAAAGCAGUCAUGGAUCUGCUUGAUGACUCCAGCAACGAAAAUGGAAUAUUUAUAAAAUUGAAAAAGGUCUCGAAGGGAUUUAUAAACUCAACAGAUGUAAGCGGUUACCGUGUAUAUUUACUUUGUUGUACAGUGUAUUCGAUUGGAUCGUAUUCGAUAUGUGAAUAACGAAAGUGAUAUGGAAAGAGUCGCCUUGUGUCUCUCCGAAUACGACAAUUACAUGGCGGGGAUUGUUUUCCCCGAUUUUAAUAACCAGACUACCAAUUUGCCAGAGUUUAUUCGAUACAAAAUCAGAUAUCAGCAUCAACUGAUCGACGGGACGUUCCAGGAAAGAGAUAUUGGGCGGAUUUUGUCGAGGGAUCGGCCAUUAUUCGAUUUGAAAUACAUUUCCUACGGAUUUGUAUACCUUCAAGACGUGCUGGAGAGAUCGCUGAUCAAAGAAGGGACCAAUAUGACUAUUGAGACGGGUAUUCGAAUACAACAAGAACCCUAUCCAUGCGUUGUUUCCGACAGGUAUCCAGAAGAUGCUUAAUACAAGUACCAACCGUUUAGUUUUGACAUUACUUUCUUCCUAUCAUUGUUUAUCGUAUUAUCUUGGAUGACUCCGGCUUGUUUAUUGGUUAAGAACAUCGUCCAUGAGAAGGAGAUGAGGUUAAAGGAGAUGAUGAGGAUCAUGGGGAUGGGUGACGUCAUCCACUGGUUGGUUUGGGCGAUCCAGACGUUGCUGAUGAAUACAAUUGCGAUUGUUUUGAUAGUAUUUAUGUUGAAGGUUAGCAUUUCCUAAAUUUAAAUUUAAACUUUCAGUUUGGGAAUAUUCUGAAGCACACUUCCCUGGGCAUCUUGUUCAUCGUGAUGUUCCCGUUUGCCACCGCUUGCGCUGCCCAGUGUGUUUUCAUGUCCACGUUCUUCUCUCGGGCCAAUCUGGCCACUCCGUGCACAUCCCUGUUGUUCUUUGUCUUUUUCAUUCCAUUCUUUUUAUCAUUCCGAGCUGCCGAGCUACCUUUCAUUAUAAUUACGGUAAGUGAUUUGUGAUUAAAUAAGAGAAAUAUUCAAUUUGCAGUUGAGUUUGCCUCAAAGUGCCAUCGGCUAUGCAUUUACAAUAAUCGCCUUGGCCAAUUAUGAGACUGAUGCCAGUUUCUACCGGGUUCUUAACAUGGAGUUUAUAGGUAAGUUGUUUCGUUCUCUAUGCUCUAUUUGCAGGAACUGACUUGGUCUUCUACCAUAUUUUGAUCGCUCUUCUCGUGGAUACAAUAGUUUAUUCCCUGGCUGCUUGGUAUAUCAGUGCUGUAUUCCCUGGGGAUUACGGUAUCCCGCAACCAUUUUAUUUUUUCUUAACCAAAAGAUAUUGGAUUGGAAUGAAUGGAUCAAACAAUGGAGAGGUAGAUGAUGAUGCGGAAGAAGAGAGUAGUGAAAAAACAAAUGGGAAUGUUGCCAUCAAGAUCCAGCAUCUUACCAAGGUAUAUGAUAACAAUACAAGAGCUCUGGAUGACAUGCAUGUCAACUUUUAUGAGAAUCAGAUCACCGGAUUCUUGGGGCAUAAUGGGGCCGGCAAGACAACUACAAUGCAAGUUCGGGUUUCAUAGUAUAAGAAUUACAUUUUUUUUGUUACCUGACUUUUCUCAUUUCGAUUAUUGUAGGUCUAUUCUGUGCGGACUCUACACCCCCACCUCAGGAACUAUACUGGUUUAUGGAAUGGAUAUUAGAACAGAUAUAGAGGACAUAAGGAAGACCUUGGGCAUCUGUCCACAACAUAACAUCUUAUUCAACGAUAUGACAGUAGAAGAACAGUUGUAUUUUUAUGGAGCUCUAAAGAAUAUCCCGAAGAAAGACCUAGACAAACAGGUGGAGACUAUGCUGGAAGACGUUGGAUUGAAGUAUCGACGUCAUUAUUUGGCCAAUCAAUUGUCAGGUUGGUAAAAAAAUAUCUGAAGAUAUUUUUAGGUGGAAUGAAAAGGAAACUGUGCAUUGGGAUUGCAUUAAUUGGGGGCUCCAAACUGGUUAUCCUUGAUGAACCGACAGCUGGAAUUGAUGCUCAUGCAAGGCGAUCUAUAUGGUCUUUGUUGGAGAAACAUAAGCCCGGCAGAACAAUCAUCUUGUCCACCCAUCACAUGGACGAAGCGCAGAUACUGUCUGACCGAAUUGUGAUUGUUUCUGAAGGAAAACUGAAAGCGGCAGGUUCCAUGAAUUUCCUUAAAGGAAGGUUUGCCUCUGGCUACACUUUGAUUACGGAAUUGAAAGCAAACAAUACUCUACAGAGGUCUUAUGAUUUAUCCGAGGUCAAGACUGGGAUCUAUGAGAUCCUUGAAGGUGCUGGGAUUCACAAACCAAGACUCGUUGAGGAAAGUUCGGCCUCUUUGUCUUACAGAAUCCCCAUUCAAACAAAUUCCACUCAAUUCCAACCAUUGUUUUCGCUGCUGUCAGUUCAAAAAGAGAAUCUUUACAUCGACAAGUUUGCUUUAAGCGGUCCUUCACUUCAAGAUGCAAGUUCAAUCUGGUAUUCUCUCAUCAUAUUCUAGGUUUUCUUGGCUGCGGCACCACAGAAAGAUAUUCAUUUAAAAAAGGACCAAGGGAUUCUGGAUAAGGUCAAGUCAACAUUGACUUGUCGAGCCCGUAAUUAUGUUAUCAAUGAUAGAGACGAAGCUGAAGAAUGCAUGGAACCAGAUCAACGGGACCUCAAUCAUCCUCAAAUGUCGUUUAUCAACUCGAAACGAAGUCUCAGAUUCCAGCAAUUUAAGGCGUUGUUGGUUAAGAGAGUGCAUAUUCUGAAACGGAGCUCCCUAUCCAUUAUUUUUGAGGUAUGGUUUCUAGAAAUGCGGGAUUUUCGAUUUCUUUCAGCUUCUCCUACCGGUAUUUAUUUUCUUUGCGGCCGAAAUCUAUGCCAAAUAUCAACUUCCCUCCCAAACAGAGAGAGUGAUGAAUGACCAGAAACCUCUUCCAUUUGAUUCUUCUUUAUAUGGGGAUGGAGUCUCCAGAUAUAUUGGAGUUUGGAACGAGAAACACCAGAGUUGGAGACAUCUGGAUGGUUUAAUUGAAGCUCCUGGGCCUGGUUUAAGGUGUAUGGACCCUUAUCCACUUAAUGGUUUUAAAAAUCGACUGUGAGUUCGCGUGAUUUUUUCUUUGUACUAAAGAACGAUGACAUUUAAUUUUUUUUCAGUGAUAACAAGGAAUGUCAAUAUACAUUAGCCCCCAAAAGUAUUUACCCGAACAUUGAAUCCGUCGACUACAAUGUCCCAAUGAAUUUUUCUUGCGAUCUGACAGAAGGAUGGCAAUGUUCUCAGGAGUUUCCGAUCUCAGACCUACAAAUUCUACCCUUCAACACUACCGAGAUUCUUUAUAAUUUGAUUGGUCGUAAUAUUUCCCAAUAUCGGAUGUCCACUUUUGUGAAUACAUCAAUGUUUUCAUAUGGAAUGUAGGUUAAUAUUAUAUAUACAUGUGUAUAUGUGAUGGUAAUUUACAUAUAUUGUUUUAGUCUUGGCGGAUGGGAGUAUGGACAAGAGAAUCCGAAGGCGUUAGAUAAUGUAGGGCUUGUUAGAGCAAAGAAAGGACUUGAUGGAUAUGUAGAGGGAUUGGCAUUAGCUGCCGAAAAGAUUACGUUCAGAUGGGAGGAGAUAUUUAAUCGAACUGAUCUUGCCACAAGUAACGACACCUUUCUUCCUGAGAAUAUUACACUGCUCGAGGCGAUGGAAAGCCUUAUAGAAAAGCUGGAUUCCCGAGAAUUGGUCAAAGUAAUUGUCAUCAGAAAUAACCUUGUUUACUUUAUAGGUCUGGUUCAACAACAAGGCUUGGGCCGGUGCUCCAAUCAAUUUAAAUACCUAUUAUAACGCUGUUCUGAGGUCUGUUAUGAGGAAAAAAAACUCAUCGAUCCCAUCGGAUCAAGUCGGGAUCUUUGGUUUGAAUCAUCCGAUGGUUCAGAGUGCCCAAGAUGUUCUUCAAGGCGAUUUCUUGUACGUAAAUUAAUUUAAAUGUAAUCAAUUUUUAUUUAGAAGGAAAGUUGGCACUUUGCGGGUGAUUAUGAUUAUCUUAAUUGUGAGUGUCAUCAUCGCCAGUUUCUCCAUGUUAUUGGUAGAAGAGAACCAGUCAAAAAGCAGGCAUUUACAACGGAUUUUCGGGGUUCCUUCUUGGUUAUAUUACGCAACAAACUUGUUGUAUGACUUUGUAAGUCUAAGUUCUUAACUCUAUUUAUUUUGCAGAUGUUAUACGUUGCUUGUGUCCUCUUACUUGUCGUCCUUUUAACUUCGAUUGGAAUGGGAUUGUUUGUUUACAAUGGGGAAGCUGUAAUUGCAUCUUUUCUACUCUUUACUCUGUUUGGGUAAGUGUGAUGACAGCUUGCCAUAUUCUUAGGUUAUCGACCAUUCCACUGGUCUAUUUGUUCCAAUAUGCGUUUUCGGUCCCUUCCCUUUCUUUUGGAGUUCAAAGUAUUGGUCUCUUCUUGGUUGGAGUUACAGCUUCCUUGACAGUUCUUGUACUCGAGAAUAUGAGAACUGAUGACCCCGCACUAAAGACAGCAUACGAAGUCUGUUCAAAGAUCUUUCUGAUCAUCCCCAUGUACAAUCUGGCCAUGUCCAUAUACAGAAUGACCUUGUGUUACAAUAUGCUGCUGUUUGCUCUCAAAUACAUAGGUAAGUAAAGCGUUUUAAAAAGGAAGGGUCAGACAGGUAAAGGGUAAUAUUAUUUAAUGACAAAUGAGUGAGCGGCUUUUUUAUGUCAUGUUCACCGUUUUGUUGUGUCUAAAAGGUGUUUGAUUAAUGUGGUUUAAGAUGGAAUUGGAAGAGAUGAUCUGAAAGAUCAGAUCCCCCUGCCCUCUCUCUUCAAAUAUUCUAUCUUGGGACGACAUUUAAUCGCCCUUUUGGGAAACGUGAUCGUAUAUAAUAUUGUUUGUCUACUGUUCGAGUACCGGGAUACACUGAUAAAAUGGAAAAAGUAUGUUUGUCAAGCCGUUUACAGCCAUCUAAAUUAGGAAUCGUGAGAAACGGAAAACCCGGGAAUUGCUGCACACAGAGAAGAAACCCACUGAUAACGAGGUCAGGAUCGAACAGGAAUUGGUACAGAAUCUCGAAGAAUUCGACGAUUACGGCCUUGUAGUCCGCAAUCUUGCAAAGGUAAGAUAUUAAAAAUAGAUUGAAAACACAUCGUGAUAACACUACCGUACUCUUUUUACAUCUCCAGAGUUAUGAUGGGAAAUCUCUGGCCGUGAAAGGGGUUUCAUUCGCAGUUCCAAAAGGAGAAUGUUUUGGUCUUUUGGGUGUGAAUGGGGCUGGGAAAACAACAACUUUCUCGAUGCUGACAGGCUUCUUGGACGUUGGAUCAGGUGAUAUCAUUGUCGAUGGUGAAGAGUAGGCAUUUUAAAACAUACUCAGAUUAGAUUUUAGUCGCUCUACUUCCAACUCCGUUUCUUUCCGAAACGUCGGUUAUUGUCCUCAAUUUGACGCACUCUUUCCGAAAUUAACUGCAUUCGAACAUCUCGUUUUCUAUGCCAAGAUUCGGGGUGUGAAUGUGGCUGAUAUCCAGGCCUCUGUCCUGUGGGCAGUCGAGCACAUGCAGCUCAAACCGUAUGCCCGAGAAAUCGCCAAGUCGUAUUCGGGCGGAAAUCGAAGAAAACUUUCCGCCGCCAUCGCCAUAAUCACCGAUCCGAAUGUUGUUCUACUGGACGAACCUAGUGCUGGAAUGGACCCUCGAUCUCAAAAGUUCAUGUGGGAUUUAAUCACAGAACUCAAGCAGAACAACCGAACCGUUGUUAUCACAUCACAUUCGAUGGAGGAAUGCGAAGCACUGUGUAAUCGGACUGCCAUCAUGGUUCAAGGAAGCUUUUAUUGUCUGGGGACGAUUCAGAGUCUGAAAGAAAAGUAAGGCGAAGAGAAGGAAGAUCGAGGCAUUUUCCUUUAAAAGACACGCGGUUCGUUAUAAUAAAAACCGAGAAGGCGAGAGUCCUCAAAGGUCGCAGUUUACAACGCAACUAUUACACAAGAAACGAAGUGUUUGAGUGCUUGCAAAACCCCCAUCUGGUGUAAUGUCCACUAAGGAGAAUUGAACAUUUGAUUGUUUAUGUUUUGCAGAUUUGGCGGAGGAUACACUUUGACAGUCAAGUUGGAGAACGACUCCGAUGUAAAGAAAUGCCAACUGCUCUUUCAAAACACACUGCCUCAAGCAAAGGUAAGCACAAGCAGGGAAUGUGUGAUCGAGUAAUUAGUAUAAACUGAAACAAGGUCAGACCAUUAUAUUCCAUGAUUCUAAGAAAUUGCCAGAAAAAAAUGCAAUUCCUUUGAUUACUGUAGCGUAAUCAGACAAAACGUUGCGCAAUUUAAAGUACGCGCGUCGCCAUAACUAGGGAACACUUGGCCAUUUUUUUAAAAUAAAUCGCGUCGAGACCAAAAUUAACUUGAAAUCGUACGUGUGUACGGUAGAAAAAAUAUUUUUUUGCGGCUGCAGCCGGAAAUUUUGUUGUUUGAUAUCGCGAUGGAUUGAUCUCAGUAAGUUAUUUUAUGUUUAUUUUUGCUUGUUUCUAGACGGCGAGCUCAGGGACGGUUAGAGAAGGUCGUUUACUAGUUUUUUUUUAUGAUUUCUUUCAAAAUUUGUCGGAUUUCCUUUCUUCUCGUGAAAAAUGCUAUCUUAUCCAUGAUUUGUUAGUAUUAUCGUCUAAAGAAGCUGUGAAAAACAUGAACAAGCGCUCUUCUGUCUGUUUAAAUUACUAUUUAGACUGAAAAACCAUUUUUUGAAAAAUCCGAUAUUAUCCAUUUAUUUUGCUUGAAUUUUUCAGUUUGUUCACGUCAACCAAUGGACUACCACCAUACCUCCUACAGCAACUUCGACUCCCUCCCCUCCCGAUUAUCUGUGAUUUGCAAGAAGCCGUAUUAUUCCCUCCAACAUUUCCUCUUUACUUUUUCAGAAUCAAGAUUUAUAAUAUAAAUUUAUUAACCUUCUCUUAUGUCUUUAUUGUUAUUAUUAUUCAACGCGUUAUAAUUAUAAGUCUCCACUGCGGAGGAUGUGGGCUUUGUGACGGCAUCGACUUCAUGAUCAUGCGCGAGUUCUGUUGGAGUAGGAGGCGGGCCGUUCCAGGAAGAAGCACGAAGUCUGCCUCGUAGAUAAUGACAUCCAGAUCGCAGGGGAUCUUGUCAUUUUUGACACGUUCGCAGAGAGUCCUAAAAGCGAGUAAUCAAUGUCAAAAAUUGAACUUACUUCAUACUUGGAACCCACGUAUCGAUCCCAUGUUUCACGAGUCAACAAAAGUCUGAUCCUUCAUGAUUCUCUCCAUGAAUCCUGACCUUUUUCUGCAAACUUCUGCUUUUCCUAUUACGCUUUUUCAAAAGUGCAGACACAUUUUGUCGUCGGAUCGCGUCGCGCGGGGAACGCGAAACUUGCACUGUGCGGUGCAAAAAAGGCCGGAAAAUGUGUCUGCACUUUUGAAAAAGCGUAAUAUUCGAAUUCAUGGAGUUCAAGACUUCCGCGGAGCACGCGAACUCCUUCCGUUGCCGGACAUCGUACUCAUCAACGCACGUGAACCCGUAGAUGACCUCGUCUUCACGUUUCUUGCCUAAAAUUCGGACCGAAAACAUUAGUUUUCGUUAAAAAAAUCUAAAAUACAGCUAAAUAUACACGAACCACAAACGAUUUAUUUAUAGAAAUUAUAAACACACUGAUCCACGAAUCCGACAAUUCGUCAACAACGCAACAAAUAAUUCUCGGCUCCAGCCGCAGAAAAAUUAUUUUUCUACCGUACACACGUACGAUUUCAAGUUAAUUUUGGUCCCGACGCGAUUUAUUUUAAAAAAUGGCCAAGUGUUCCCUAGUUAUGGCGACGCGCGUACUUUAAAAUGCUUCCUUUCUCUCUCCGCUUGUCUGGCAAAAAAAGUUUCUUACGAUCUUUUUUGCCAGACAAGAAAUUGAACUUCUCGUGUUGCUACAUAGCUGCAUGGUUACAUACGCUAAGACCUACUGCGGGGAUAUCAAAGUCGGUUCUUGUUUUUGUAAAAAAGUGUUUGCAAUCUGCAACCUCCGCGUUUUUACUGACCUUAAUCAUCCACUUUAGUGUACCUCUCUCAAUUUGUGCUCCAUUUCUUUCUCAGUCCCGAUCUCAAAUCGCGCUCUUGUGGAUAUGUUCGAAGCAUUGAAAGCCGUAAGCCAUUUGUUUUAUUAUACAAGGUGUUCCGAGAAAUGUGCCGAAAAGUUUUUGUCGAUUUCUGGGUGCUCAGGCAAGAUACCCAAAAAAUUUUUUUUGCAAGAUGAAGAAGAUGGACGGUUUUUCGCCCAAGCAAAUUAUUUUCUCCGCCAAAGCGGAGAGUAUAAUAGUGAAUUUGGCGGAGACUUUUGUGGUACUUUUAUGGCCAUCAUACCAUUCCAUGCUGAUUUCGUAUGCCCUCCAGAAUCUGAUUGCCAAGCUUUGGUAGAAGCUUAGUCAGCGGCGAUGGUCACUAAAUGAAAUCGCAUAGCGCCGUUGCCUCUGAUCGAUUGUGCAAAAAAUUUGAAGACUUUCAGGAAUUUUCAGCAUCGUAAUAAAGCGUUUAAGAUUGGUGUGAUCACCAAAAAGUACCACAAAAGUCUCCGCCGAAUACACUACUUUCCGCUUUGGCGGGGAAAAUAAUUUUCCAUCUUCUUUAUAUGCAAAAAGAAUCUUUGGAUAUCUUGUCUGAGCGCCCAGAAAUCGUCAAAAAACUCCGGCACAUUUCUCGGAACACUCUAUCGAGAAAAUAAGAGCGCAAAGUCGCUGCGCCAAUCUCGUCGCAGAAGUGUAUUUUGCAAUUCACUUUCUCGGCGGCGAUGCGAUUUUCGAUGCAACAGAGCGAUCACUAUUUUUCCGACAGGCUGAUAUCUUAUACUUACUGUACUUACAGGUAGAAAUUGAUACCAAAGUAUUAGACUUUUCUGUUUUCCAAACGACUUUGGAUGACGUUUUUGUUAGUCUGGCAGAGAACGCAGCCUCAGGGAAGGCGUUUAAGGAUACUAAUUUAAAUGAGCAGACGAGAUCAGAUCAGACAAAUGGAAUUUUGGAACAAGUUACACAUUCUGAGAAUACAGGUGCGGAAGAGAACCCGAAUGACCUCAUCUCCAACACAGGAGAACUUAGUAGUUGA